CCGUUGAGUGGCUUUGUUUAUUGCGCGAAUAAUUGUUUUUAUUGUUUUAAUUGCAUGUUUGUUACUAUUAAUUGAUGAAACGUUAAUGUUUUAAUUUAUAAGUAAACUAAGUGUUCGUUUUUAACUAGUGUGAUAGUGAUUUAACUCGAAUUUCAUCAUGGAUGUCGCCGACACCUAUGCUACACAAAGCCAAGUGAAAGACGAGGUCGGAGUUCGUUGCCAAAAGCUCUUUCAGGACUUUCUAGAAGAAUUCAAAGAAGACAAUGAAAUAAAAUACGAAAAGCACGCUAAAGAGCUCCUCAAGCCUGAAUUGAGUACACUAGAAGUCAGUUUUGAUGAUGUUGAGAAGUACAACCAAAAUCUGGCAACUACUUUGAUUGAGGAGUAUUAUCGGUUGUACCCUUUUAUAAACCAAGCUAUAUUAAACUAUGUAUUAAGUCUUGCUGAUAGUGGCAUGAAAAAGGACUUACAAGACAAAGAAUGCUAUAUUUCAUUUGUGGAUGUGCCAACGAGACACAAAGUGAGAGAGUUAACAACGGCCAAGAUUGGAACAUUGAUCAGAAUCUCAGGACAGAUUGUGAGAACGCAUCCCGUGCAUCCGGAACUGGUCUCUGGAACCUUUGUGUGCUUAGAUUGCCAGACGGUGAUCAAAAAUGUGGAGCAACAGUUUAAGUACACCAUCCCCACCAUCUGCCGCAACCCUGUUUGUGCGAACCGGCGCAGGUUCAUGCUGGACGCAGACAAGUCUGUGUUCGUGGACUUCCAAAAGAUCCGCAUCCAGGAGACGCAAGCCGAGCUGCCGAGGGGCUGCAUCCCGAGGUCCUUGGAGGUCAUAUUAAGAGCUGAGGCUGUAGAAUCUGUUCAGGCCGGAGAUCGCUAUGACUUUACAGGCACCCUGAUUGUGGUGCCCGAUGUAGGCUCCCUCUCCAUGCCUGGAGCAAAGGCUGAGCUGACAACACGGACAAGGGGGAAUAACGAGGGCCAAAUGGAGGGCAUCAAAGGGUUGAAGGCUUUGGGAGUUAGAGAACUGCAUUACAAAACGGCAUUCCUGGCGUGCAGCGUACAAGCCAUUUCCCGUCGCUUCGGCACAGCGGAACUAGCCGCUGACGACAUGACCACGGAAGACAUGAGGAAGCAGAUGACAGAAAAGGAAUGGGACAAGGUAUAUGAGAUGUCAAGAGAUCGCAAUCUGUACAACAACCUAAUAGCCAGCCUGUUCCCGAGUAUCCAUGGUAACAAUGAGGUCAAGCGCGGCAUUCUUCUGAUGCUCUUCGGAGGGGUGGCUAAGACCACUAUUGAAGGUACAACGCUUCGUGGCGACAUAAACGUCUGCAUUGUAGGCGACCCCAGUACAGCGAAGUCUCAAGUUCUAAAGCAAGUCAGCGAGAUCAGCCCGCGAGCCGUUUACACGAGUGGCAAAGCGUCUUCCGCAGCUGGUUUGACUGCUGCUGUUGUCAAGGAUGAAGAAUCGUUCGACUUCGUAAUAGAGGCCGGCGCGCUCAUGUUAGCGGACAACGGUGUCUGCUGCAUCGACGAGUUCGACAAGAUGGACCUGGCAGACCAGGUCGCCAUCCACGAGGCUAUGGAGCAACAGACCAUCUCGAUUGCUAAGGCCGGAGUCCGCGCCACCCUCAACGCGCGCACCUCCAUCCUGGCCGCCGCCAACCCCAUCGGCGGGCGCUACGACCGCGCCAAGUCUCUUCAACAGAACGUACAACUCUCUGCACCCAUCAUGUCUCGCUUCGACCUAUUCUUCAUACUUAUUGAUGAGACUAGUGAGAUGGUCGACUACGCUAUAGCGAGGAAGAUUGUGGAUCUUCACUGUAAUAAGGAAGAGAAUUAUGACUGUGUUUACUCAAGAGAGGAUCUGUUGAGAUACAUCGCGUUCGCUAGGAGCUUCAAACCUAUUAUUACUGAGGAAGCGGGCAAACUCCUAGUGGAAUACUACACGACGCUCCGACAACGCGACGGUGGCGCUGGCGGCGGCGGCGCGUGGAGGAUAACCGCGCGACAACUAGAGUCCAUGAUCCGCCUCGCUGAAGCGCUCGCCAAGAUGCACUGCAGCGGACACGUGCAGCCCAGACACGUGCAGGAGGCGCACAGAUUGCUGAACAAAUCCAUCAUCAGAGUGGAACAGCCCGACAUCCACUUGGACGAGGACGAGCCCCAGUACGAGCCAAGCAUGGACGUUGACCAGGAUGUACCCGGCACUAACGGCACUAAUGGGACGACAGAUACUCCAGUGAAUGGAGACUCGGGCAAGAAGAAGCUGACCCUCUCCUUCGAGGAGUACAAGACGCUCAGCGAUAUGCUGGUCGUGUUCAUGAGGAAGGAGGAGGCCGAGGCCGAAACUAGAGGGGAAGAGAGCUCGGGCAUGAAGAAAAGCGCCGUUGUGAGCUGGUACCUGGAACAGCUAGUGUCACAGGGAGAUAUAGAAGAUGAGGACGAACUUCUAGAACGCAAGACACUCGUCGAGAAGGUCAUUGACCGGCUCAUGUACCAUGACCAAGUAAUCAUCCCACUGUCCACCACCGGCCUGAAAAGCACACAGAAGUCCGCGACAGACCAAGAGGUCGAUGACGACCCUCUGCUCGUUGUCCAUCCGAACUACGUCGUCGACACGUGAUACUAUAGUUACCUAUUGCCUACGGAUAUCAUAAACAGCUUCAAAACUAAAUACGAACUGUAAUGGUUGAAUUAGCUAAUAAAAGUUUGUCUUUAUGUAUUUGCGAGACAGAGAUAAAACAUACAAUCACAUUCACUGUCAGACAAAAAAUGGCGCGCUACUCCACAUGCGCGGCAUCCAUGUCAUGGGAGUCUGACCCCCCCCCCCCCCCCUUGGAGUCUAGGUUGGCCAUACAAAUAGACCACGUGACCCCCCUCUGGGGCCUGAGCCUUUACCACGUGCAAAGUUCACGUGUGCUCACCAAGCGGGUUUCUGGCAGUAAAUGUGUUAAUUUUAAAUAAAACAGGCAAACCUUUCUAUGAAGUGGUUAGGUUUUAUUUAUAAGGCAAAUGGUAUAUUUCCCACCUGAUUUUGAACUUUAUUAAAUGAAUAUAUCCAAUUUUGUAUACUUCCUAACAUACUUGUAUUACUUGUGCCUUAUAAAAAAUUAACUAAAUAAUGAUAAUCAGUACUAUUUAAUUAAGACACUUUUUUUAGGCAGAUGUCCGGCUUUUAGUUGAAAAAUUAGACUUUUAGUGGAAAACAGGAUUUUCAUUUGUUUUUGAACUUUAUGAUAUCCGUGGUAUGUACAGCUCUUCUUGAGAAAAAGGAACUGAUGUGUUUACAUUUUUUUGUGUAAGGAGAGUAAGUUAGGUUAAACCCGCCUUUUUUAAAUAAAAUCGUUUUUACUUUA